AUGGAGGGGCUUGGAAGGUCACCCCUGUGGCUGAGCAGAGAACUAGCUGCCCCCCAGCCUCAGCUGCUCCUUCUGGACUGCCGGAGCAGGGAACUCUAUGAGUCAGGCCACGUCCAGGGGGCUCUUAGCGUAGCCCUCCCAGCCCUGCUGCUGCGGAGGCUGAGGAAGGGGAACUUGUCUGUGUGCUCGCUACUCCCCAGUCCGCUGCUGCAGCAGCAGCGGCAGCCGCUGCCCCCUCUGCCCAUCCUCCUCUAUGAUGAAGGCCGGUGUGUUAAGGAGGAGGAAGCUGAGGCAGCCCAGUCAGUACUAACCACCUUGCUCCAGAAGCUGCAAGAAGAAGGCCACCCUGCCUACUACCUACAAGGUGGCUUCAGCAAAUUCCAAGCUGAGUGGCCACACCUCUGCAAAACGAAGCUUGAUGCCCCCUGUGCCAGUAACUCACUAGUGCCUGUGCCAGCACCUGUGGUGGGCCUGGGAGGCCUGUGCCUCAGCUCAGACUGCUCAGAUGCUGAAUCAGACCCAGACAGGGACACACUGAGCUACAGUCUGGAGUCCGAGGGUGGGAGCCCUCCACCACCAGGACACCCCCCAUCCUUACCUGUUCAAAUUCUCCCCAACCUCUACCUGGGUAGUGCUCAGGACUCAGCCAACAUGGACAUGCUGGCCAAGCUGGGCAUCCGCUACAUCCUCAAUGUCACCCCCAACCUACCCAAUCUCUUUGAAAAGGACGGUGACAUCCACUACAAGCAGAUCCCCAUCUCUGACCACUGGAGCCAGAACCUCUCCCAGUUUUUCCCAGAGGCCAUUGACUUUAUUGAUGAAGCUGUGUCCCAGAACUGUGGGGUGUUGGUCCACUGCCUGGCUGGCAUCAGCCGCUCUGUCACCGUCACCGUGGCUUACCUGAUGCAGAAGCUUCACCUUUCGCUCAACGAUGCGUAUGACCUGGUGAAGCGGCAGAAAUCCAACAUCUCCCCCAACUUCAACUUCAUGGGGCAGCUUCUGGACUUUGAGCGCAGCUUGAAGCUGAAGGCCGAGGGGCCCAGGGACCAGAGGGAUGGAGAGGGCGUGGGGGGGAAUCACACCCCAACACCCCCCUGUUUCUUCACCACACCCACCGGUGAAGGCGUCUUUGAACUGGACUCUACCUAA